CCCAGCAGCUGUGCGGCAGCGCAGGAGGGUGGGGGCGCCGGUAUAAGAGGGAACCUGCCCGCCGCCGCCCCCGGGGCCGUCGCUGGAGACCACCGCCCGCCGCUCCGGCCCGGACAAAGUCUAGAUGAGGAAACCGAGACCCAAAGAGUACCUCGCCCAGGGUCACCUGUGACAUGAAGACCCCUGCCGCCACGUGUCUGCUGCUGGUGACCAUGGGCCUUAUGGCAGCGCUGCAGGCUCAGAGCCACCCCAUCACUCGACGAGACCUCUUCUCUCGAGAAAUGCCCCUGGACAUGGCCUUGGCCUCCUUCGACGACCAGUAUGCGGGCUGCACCACAGCCAUGACGGCUGCUCUCCCGGAUCUCAACCGCACGGAGUUCCAGGCCAACAGAGUGUACGCGGACGGCUGGGUGCAGGCCAGCAGCCAGUGGCAGGAGCGCCAGGCCUGGGGGCCGGGGUGGGGCGGCAGCCCUUCCCGCCUGCCCCCACCCCCAGGCUUCCGAGAAGAGCAUGGGGUGGCCCUCCUGGCUUACACGGCCAACAGUCCCCUGCACAAAGAAUUCAACGCGGCCGUGCGCGAGGCGGGCCGCUCCCGGGCCCACUACCUCCACCACUUCUCCUUCAAGACACUGCACUUCCUGCUGACCGAGGCCCUGCAGCUGCUGAGCAGCGGGCAGCGUCCACCGCAGUGCCACCAGGUGUUCCGAGGGGUGCAGGGCCUGCGCUUCCGGCCCGCGGGGCCCGGGGCCACCGUCAGGCUGGGCGGCUUCGCCUCCGCGUCCCUGCAGAACGCCGCGGCCCAGCAGUUUGGGGAAGACACCUUCUUUGGCAUCUGGACCUGCCUCGGGGCCCCGAUCAAGGGCUACUCCUUCUUCCCCGGGGAGGAGGAGGUGCUGAUCCCUCCCUUCGAGACCUUUCAGGUGAUCAAUGCCAGCAGGCCAGCCCAGGGCCCUGCCCGCAUCUACCUGCGGGCCCUGGGCAAGCGGAGCACCUACAACUGCGAGUACAUCAAAGACAAACAAUGCAAGUCUCGCCCCUGCCGUCUGGAUAACUCAGCUAUGGGUCGGGGCCCCCCUUCUGCACUCUGGUCCCUUCUACUGCUGCUCUGGUUCCUUGUUGGGGGAGCCUUUCCAGAGAGUCCAGGCCUCCUCUGAUCUCUACCGAACAGCUCUGCCUGCCGCCCCUGCCCAACGUGAGGACGUCAGGCACAUGUGUGCUUUAAGCGCGGCCAAGAUCCCUGGUGACUCCACUGGCAGGGAACUCUGGGACAUUGGCAGCUGCCAGGCCUGCUGGUGGGGAGAGAAGACCGUGGGGACUGAGCCUCACCCAGGGCCCUGGGAGUAGGGGGCUGAAUGCAGGACAGGGAAGAAAAGCACUUGGCCACGGCUCGGUCAUGGCUCGUGCCCAUGUUACUCAGAUGCCUCCCGCGUCCCUCUGGACAGCUCCCACUCGCUCCUCUGGGAGCCGUCUCUGGCCUCCAGCCUGCUGGGUCAAGAGCCCUGCCUCUUGGCUCCCACGGGGCCCUGCAUUAUUCUCUGUACCGGGCCCAUGUCUGUCUGUCUGUCUGUCUCCCAGACCACGAGCACCCUGAGCACAGGGACUGUGUGUAAGGCACAGAGGUGGUACCAGGACACGUUUGGAAGUCAGAGAGCAGCACGUGUCUGGGUGGCUGGUCCCUGAACUGCCCCUCCCUUGGGCCCUUCAAGCUCUCUGGAUGUCCCUGUGUGUGAACUGCGUGGCCUGGAUCUAAGGCCAGAGCGUAGAGAGCAGGAGAAGAACAGCGAGCUUCAGGUCCUCUGCCAGGCUCUCUAUCAAAUCCCAGUCAUUUUCUUGUCAGCAAAGAUGUAACUUCUGCUCUGAUGUCCUAAGGUCCUAAGGUCCCUAAGGGGCUGGAUCCCCCAACAUCCACCAUCAUGGGCCCUGGGGUAGGAGGACAUGGAGGACGAGCUAGGCACACACUUACUUUAUUAUCAGUUGCGGCUUUGGGGACAAAUCCUGUGUGGCCUCCUGCCCUGGAAACUCAACCCGGAAUCCUGACUCUCCCAACAGCUUUCCUGAGCCCCUAGGCAGGGACUGGCAAGACCAACUCCCUGGAACAGCAGCCCCGGGGAAGGGAGAGAAGGAAACCUGGCAGUUCUCUGUCCCACCUGCCCUCUCCCCACGGGAGGCGCUGACACUCAGAGCCCAAGUUCGGUCCCAUCCCUCCAGGACUGCACUUUGAUCAGGACCCUUCUUAGAGUUCCUCCUCCGUGGGAAUCAGGGGAGCAGCAAGCUCUGGAUUUCCCUGCGAGGUGAGGGCAGGGACAAGAGUACUCCCUCUGUUUGUGAAGUCAGUAGCGCUGGAGAGAGGAUGCCCCAGGCCCUGGGCUGGGCCGGGGGGGGGGGGGGGUGCGGUGUGCCUGAAGGCCAAUCACCACCAGGCCGUUUCACCCCAUCUGGAGGUGCUGUGGCUGCAGCAAUCCUCUGGGACUCACAGGGCCUGCACCAGCACCAGAAGGCUCAUGACCAGGGCCAUGGAGAAGAAGAUGCCCAGGAAGAAACGGUCCAUCACACGGGCCAAACGCUUCCAGUCCUCAUGGCGGCGCUGAGCAGCACGGUGGCUGUGGACGGCGCUGGCAAUGGUGGCUACGUGGCGCAGCAGGGCUUCCUGACGGCAAAGGCACCGAGGCUCUGGGCAAGGGCCUGCCAAGGGGCCAGCUCCUGGGUCAGGAGGCUGGGGACUGGGGGAUAACUCUGGUGGCCUGGAUUGCCCGCAGGGCUCCCCUCGUUCCCGCACACACAGACCCCGUGCCAGGCGUCCCAGGAGGAGGGCCCGUGCCCAGGCUGGCACCGGGCGGGCGCUAGGACCACAGUAGUGCAGGUUCAUGAUAAGGAUGGUGAGCGCAGUGGAGAAGGUGACCAGCGUCAUGGUGGCCAUAUAGUACUUGCCUGUGGGAGAGAGAAGGGGCUGGGGCCCCAAACGAGACCUCGGGGUGGGGGGGGGGGGCUGAGCUCACCCCCACAAUGCUCUCCGGACCCUCCGAGCCCCAUGGAUGGAAGCGGGAAGGAAGGAAGCGCCAAGGCUCCCCACCCCGCAUCUCCCCAUCGGGUUCUCAGAAGCCACCUGCUCCCUAACUGUCCCCGUCACUUGCAAUCCGUGAAAGUCAGGCUCUUAGAUAGAACCAGCAUGACCUGGGCCGAAGCUACCCUAGAACCGUCCCCAGGGUCUGCAGCGGUGCUUCCCUGAGUUAAUAAACGGUCAGAUGCUGAGCAGACGGCCCGGCGCACGGCGCACGCUCGGCACAUACUGCCUGUUACUGCGA